UUGAUGGAGAAUAGAACAAAAGUGACACACUUCAUCCUCCUUGGACUAACCAAUGCCCCAGAACUACAGGUCCCCCUCUUUAUCAUGUUCACUAUCAUUUAUCUCAUCAAUGUGGUUGGGAACCUGGGAAUGAUCGCAUUGAUUCUCUUGGACUCUCGUCUCAACACCCCCAUGUACUUUUUCCUCAGUAACCUGUCUCUGGUGGACUUUGCAUAUUCCUCAGCUGUCACUCCCAAAGUCAUGGCUGGGUUACUUAUAGGCAACAAGGUCAUCUCUUACAAUGCAUGCGCUGCUCAGAUGUUCAUUUUUGUAGCCUUUGCCACUGUGGAAAAUUACCUCUUAGCAUCAAUGGCCUAUGACCGCUACGCAGCAGUGUGCAAACCCCUACAUUACACCACCACCAUGACGACAGGUGUGUGUGCACACCUGGCUGUAGGCUCCUACAUCUGUGGUUUCCUGAAUGCCUCCCUCCAUGUUGGGGACAUAUUCAGCCUUUUCUUUUGUAAGUCUAAUAUGGUCCAUCACUUUUUCUGUGAUGUUCCAGCUGUCAUGUCUCUCUCUUGCUCAGAUACACACAGGAGUGAAGUGUUCCUUGUUUUUAUGUCAAGCUUUAAUGUCUUUUUUGCUCUUCUGAUUAUACUGAUUUCCUACCUGUUCAUAUUUAUAACCAUCUUGAAGAUGCACUCCACUCAAGGGCACCAGAAGGCUUUGUCUACCUGUGCUUCUCACCUCACUACAGUUUCCAUCUUCUAUGGAACUGUCAUCUUUAUGUAUUUACAGCCCAGCUCCAAUCAUUCCAUGGACUCAGACAAGGUGGCCUCUGUGUUCUAUUCCAUGGUCAUUCCAAUGUUGAACCCUCUGGUCUACAGCCUGAGGAACAAAGAGGUCAAGAGUGCAUUCAAAAAAGUGGUUGAGAAGACAAAUUUUUCUAUAGGAUUGGGAUUUUAA